GGCGGGGAGCCGGCGGGCGGGGCUCCGGGCGGCUGGGGGCGCUCGGGGACACGCGUCCCGCGUCUUCUAGGCUCCCGCGCCUGCGGGUCGCCCGGUCUGGGGGCCGGCGGCGAUCGGGGUUUAUGGCGGCGUCCGCGGCUCUGUCGGCGGCGGCGGCGGCGGCGGCGGCCCUGUCGGGCCUGGCGGUGCGACUGUCGCGCUCGGCGGCGGUGCGCGGCUCCUAUGGCGCCUUCUGCAAAGGACUCACGCGCACGCUGCUCACCUUCUUCGACCUGGCCUGGCGGCUGCGCUCCAACUUCCCCUACUUCUACGUGGUGGCCUCGGUGAUGCUCAACGUGCGUCUGCAGGUGCGGAUCGAGUGAGCGCCGCGACGGUGGCGCUGGCGGUGGCGGUGGCUGCGGCGGCCGGGCCGGCGGGAGGGAGACUCGCCUGCCCCACCGCAAAGGGCCGGGAUGCUGCAGGAAGGACGGCGGGGCCGCCCUGGACACCAGUAAGCGGCGGGGGACGGAGGCGGCACAGCCCGAGGCCUUUGCCCUGGACCU